UUCGAUCCUCCUCAGGCCUUGCGUGGAGAAGGAGCCCGGCACAAGAGGAGGAUCUUGGAGGCGGCGGCGCACGGGAGGAGAAGCGGCACCAGGCCACCAGCGGCGGCGCCAUUGCCCCUCGAGCGACUGUGCAAGAAGCGGCCCCAAACAGGGCCAAAAGACGGCCCACUCACCCGCUUCUGGAACCAAGCCUGAGGUCGGUCCAACGGCUACGACUUCGGGCUCCACCGCCUCCGCAUCCAGGUUCUCCGAUCCGGCCCCGUGCCGCGCCGCUCAAACCCUAAACCUCUCCUCUCCAUCGGAGUCUCGCCGCCGCGCCAUGGCGGCGGAACCGCCAGAGCCCGCAUCCUCGCAGGAUGCCCAGCUCGCAGCCUCCUCCGCCGCCGCUGUAGCCGGCGUUGGCGGCCCCAACCCGUGCUGCGCAAAGCUGUGGAAGAAGUACCAGAAAUUGGAGACGAGCCGGACGGCGCUGCGGGAGGCGGUGAAGCUCCUGCAGGCCGAGAACGAGAAGCUGCAGAAGGAGAACUCGGAGCUCAGCAAAGUGUGCAAGGAGGAACGCCUCCGAGGUGAUUCAGCAGAAGCAGCUAGGGCAACUGAGUCUGAUGCCAGAGAUCUACUGGAAAAGGAGAUAAUUGAAUUAAAGACGCAGAACUCAAGUUUGAAGCAAACACAAAAUACCUGCAAAAAUAAUGAUGAACUUUUACGCAUCUCUGAAUUGGAAGAAGAAAAUAGAAAGCUCAUACAGGUUUUAGGAGAAGAAAGGAAGAAGAUUACUUCUGAGAAGAAAAAAUUUGAAGAAGAAAAGUGCAAAACUCUAGAAAUGCAAAGGAUAUUGAAGUCAGAAACACAGAAGUCUGAAGAGUAUAGAAAAGUUGCUGAUACAGAAAGAAAAGUUGCCAAUGAUUGGAGAGCAUCAUGUGAAAGGUUGAGGAGUGAAGGAAAUCAAAUCAGAGCACAGUUAACUGCUCAGAUUCAGAAAACAGAAGAAAUGCUUAAAAGGGUUGAAGCGGAGAAGCAGAAGGUAGCCAGAGAAAAGAAACAUGCUGAUUCAGAGAAGUCAUUAGCUGAAAAGAACAAAACACUUAUUGAAGUUGAGAGGAAAAAAGUAACGGAAGAGAAGUGCCGUGCUGACAAUUUAUUUGCAAAGUUAGAGGAGCAGAAGAAACUCAAUGAACAUUUGCGAACUAGCAUACAAGUUGAAACAAAGAAUGCAAUAGAAGAGAAAAAACGAGCAGACCAUUUGUUCCAGAAAUUAGAAGAGGUGAGAAAACAGGCUGAAUAUUUACAGAGGAAGACAAAUGAACUCUCUGCAGGUAGAGAUGUAAUUUCUUCUGGCAAGUAUGGGCGGCGACAUGUUGAUAGAACUUCUGAGAGUGCAAAUGUAAAGCUUCUCAAAGAGAAGCUUAAGCUGAAGAAAGAACAACUAAAGCAUGUAAAGAAUGUGUCCAAGCUAGAUAAAGCAAAAACUACUUUAAUAAGAAGAGAGCUUCAACGUUUAAAGCAAGAUUGGAUGCAGCUACUGGGUCGGUUUAACAUAUUGGAUGACCACCUUGCUCGCGGUGUUGAAGGUAUUCAUGUCUUGACAGAGUUGAAUCAGCAUCCCGAGAUACGUGGCUUUGAACAGAAGCUGCUUCCUAAUGAUUCAGUUCCAGCCCCAUAUUUUGGGUUGCAGGCUGGGAUAGUUCCAUUUGGCUCUUCUAUCCCAAGUGAAUACACUUCAUAUCAGUUACCCAGAGAAAGCUGCUCACGACCAAUCUCAGGUACUAGUUCUGAAUUAGGGCCCCCUCUUGGUAGCUCUCACAGAACAAAGUCAAAAAGUCAGCACAGAUCUUUAUGUCCAACAUCCAUAUCUGAUGAAAAAUUCAUGGGCUCACAGGGUAAGGAUAGGCUAUUUGUCUCAUCGACAGACAUCAGAAAAAAACAUAAUUCAGUUGUUUCUGAGCUGCCUCCUAAAGUUAGUAAUGAUAGAGCAUUGCCUCCAGAAGCAUUGAGGAUACCCUUGUCUUGUGGUACGGAAGUUACAGAUAAAAGAGAAACACUUGGUGGUGAUAGGAAGAGAAAAAGGACCAAAAGGUCUCCAGAACCCUCGGCUUUUCUUCCCUCUAAAAGUGAGCUGCAUUUGAUACCAAAGUUGCAUGCUGCCACUUCAAAUGUUGCAUUAGCAUUUGAGGAUGAUCCUUCGUGUCUGCAACAAGGAAAUAACACCAUGUGUGUGACUGAAGGUGACAUGGAAAAUCAUAGGAGAAAAUAUCUUGCUGUCUCUGAUAAAGCUCCUCCAUCCAGUUUCCCUUCUAAAGUGUCUUCUUGUGGAGGAAAUGGCUGUGCUAGUAGCAAGUUUUCUUCAUUGAUCCCCUUUGAGGAAGUGGUCAGGGAAAACUGUUUAAAGUUGCUCAAUAUGGAUGAUGAUGCAGAUGAGGAAAAGUAUAGAAAGGCAAAGGAGAGACCCCUUUCACCAAACCUGACUGUUAUCCGACCCCGUAGAACUAAAGUGCCUACCUAUGCAGAACCUCACGGUUCGGUUAGAUCUCUCAACAAUUGUUCUGCCUUAGGAUCUGAUGCCAUUGAUUCCAAGAUAAGGCCCAAAGAAGUUAAAGAGCCUGCAAUUCAGAAAUUGACUCAAAAUUGUAUCCAACUUGAUCCAUCGUCAAAUAUAAUCGAGUGUAGUGGCAUUGCUAAGCCCCUUUCCACAAAUGAUAAAUCCAAUGCAGCUGUCAAUGUUUCUUGUAGCACUAGUUUGGUCUUGGUGCCUACGAGCGCUUCUUUUGGCAGCCUUUUGCAUGAGGAUGUGGUGCAGAAUUCUGUAGCUUCUUCUGCUGAGGGAUUAGACAGUAUAAGCAGACCAGUGUUAUCAGGAAGUACCUGCAGUGGUCAUUCAAAUUCCAUUUUACAUUUGUCCAAGGAAGUGCCUACCAAAAACAGCUCACAUCAAAUUUGUGACAAAUCAUCAAGUCCUGGGCUGGAAGCUAAUGUUGGAACAAGUGAAACAACAGUGACCAAGCCAAACAAUUCAGUCUCUAAUAGGUUGCUUGGGCAUCAUUGUGGAUCCGAAAAACCUCCAAUGCACUUAGUUGGAGUUACAGGAAUGAAAAGAAGCAACAUGAUGAACAUAUUUCGGUAUUGGGAGAUACUGAGUUCUCAAUCCCAAAAGCAUUCUAACAAAGCUUCAGUUGAUGGUCCGUUGCUUGAUAAAGUGUCAACUGACACAUUGCUACCUACAGAUGAGAAGGUUUCCCUCAUAUUUUCCCUUUUGUUGUGGGAUAUUAGAUUCACAGAAGAAACUUUUACAGAUGGAAAUUUUGCCUCACCAGCUUUUUCGUCAAGUGUGAAAUCUCAUAGGGAAACAAGGUGGACCAUUCUGAGAGCAGAUGAGCUGGAUGUUCUUAUCUCCUUAAUUGAAGAUUUUCUCCUGAACAAAGAAGUUGUAGUCUGCGAGAAAAUGGGACAGAAGGUUUUUGGCGCAAGCAAGGAUCAUGAAUUAGAUGAUGAAUCUGGUUUACAGCUAUCUGUUAAACCUGCAAAAAGAAAUGAAUUUAUUGCGGCUUGCAUUCUGUUGGCUUCAAUAUGUGUGGAAGUGGGCAGAGUGGACAUUGUAUUAGAGGUUUCUUACAAAGUUCUUCAGAUGGGUAAAAGUAAUCUUUUGUGGACUCUGCUAGCUCUCCAUGUCUUUGGUUCCAUGUGUGGUGAUAAGUUUCUCCCACCAAAGAGUUGUGACUUUCUCAUGACAGCUAUACGGUUACUUGUCCAGCUUCUUGAGAGCAAGGACACAUCUCUGUGCCUUGUGUCAUCAUAUAUCCAGUCAAAUAAACCAAUAACAUUGCCGUCCUGUGCACAUUGCCUGUUUAAUGUGGAUACGGUUUCCAUAGACGGUUUCAUCUCUUCACUAUUGGAUGAACUGGAUUUAUGUUCUCUUCAGUGGAAUAACCGUGCCUGCUCAAAUGAAACUAUCACAAGGUGCAGUUCUCAUUUGGGAUCAAGUGGACUUGAUACCAGAUGUAGUGAAACUUGUAAUAUCUUCAAGCAAGGAAAACUAUCUGAGGAUACUCAUAACUACCCUGCAGCAAUUAACUUAUGCUACUUCACCGAGCUAAUUUCUUUGCUCGAGCUCUUUGGGAUUUAUAUGAGCUGUGAGUGGACAUACAACAAUGUCGUUGUCCGUCUUCUGGAGAUUCUGGAAUCGUGCAUGUGCCAUGACUAUUCAGCUGCUCUGUUAGUACUUGUCAGCCAACUUGGAAGGUCCUUUGUCGAUGAUGUUGGUUACGAGGAUAGAAGUGUUAGUAAGCUGAGGAACAAAUUAUUAUCAUUGUUAACAGGGACAAGUUUUACAAAAUCAUGGAGUUUAAGUGUUCAGUUUACUGUCAUUGGUGCAUUGGUCAGCGUUCUUCCACUGCCAUUUGACAAAAUUGUUGCCACUGAAAGUAGACAAUUAUCAGGACCCUUUGUUGUGCAAGUGAAGCAGAUUUCUGAAUGGUUUGUUCAGUUAAGCAGCGAGCAUCAAUCUUUAGCUCGUUCCUUUUUAAGCUGAAAGCUUUGUGCCUGACAUAGACCAUUUGAUGUGUCCCUGCACAGACUUAUUCAUGGUCCUAUAACAAGACGUUGGAUUACUCCCUUGCCUUGACACUGCAUAGAGGAUGAUGUUUGUUCUUGAGUGUGGAGAUGCCGAAGUAUUAUGAAGAUUGUCAUUUUUGUCAAGGUUAUGUUCUUGAGUGUGGAGGAGCAGGUAAGGAACCGGCCAGCAAAGCAUUCGGAGAUGCAAAUGCAAAACACCAGAGCCAAGAAAUGUCGGGUUUGGUAAGUUGAAACAGGAUCGCCAAUUCUUGCACUGUUGGAUGUCAAGCUCGAUUAGUACAUCAGAAAGGUUGUUCCAGUUAGGAUAGCCGAAUGGUGAUGAUGGUGUGUGGUUUGGGUCUCUAUUGGUCCGACAUAUCUGCAAUGUCACGAAUGGUAGUUGGUUGAUGAAUGUGAUCUGGGACUCUGGAGUAUGUUUAGCUGACACAAGAUCUUCUCAAGAAGUGAAGUUUUUGAUCCAGGUACCUUGGUCCCAUGAGAGCCGACCUUUGGUUUGGUGAUAGGCAAGUUUUCUGUGCCAGUGCUUGUGCGCAAGAAAGUGAUCCAAAUUUUGAUGACACCUUUUUUACCAUGCUGUGCCCUUUUCUCUUUUCUCCCAUUAGAUGGAGGUAGAUGUGCUACCUUACCUAAUUUGUCCAAGAGGUAUUUGCAUAUCAACUAGGCCUGUAACAUGACGUUCGCCAUCGUCUAUGAAAGCAAAUGAUUUCUUGGCCUUGGCUUUGUAAAGUAUGAAUUUCUAUAUGUUUACUCUCUCCGUCUCAAAUUAUGUCAUUCCAAAUUUUUUAGA